GCUAUUGGCCCGCGGAGCUGUCGGCUCGGCGGGCGGUGCCCGGACGCAGGUGCCGGCCGGAGCGGACCUAGUGGCGCCGACGUGCCGGGCCGGGCCGGGACCCGGGCCGGGGCAAACGGAGGGGCCUGUGUGGCCGCCCGGCCCGGCCGCGGAUCAGGCUCCUGUGACCAUGGGCCUCGGGCCCUGAGGAUACGGGGCUCCCCGUGGCCAUGACGACAGGUGACUGCUGCCACCUUCCUGGCUCCCUGUGUGACUGCUCUGGCAACCCUGCUUUCUCCAAGAUCGUGGAGGCCACAGGCCUUGGUCCACCCCAUUAUGUGGCACAAGUGACUUCAAGGGAUGGCCGACUCCUCUCCACUGUCAUCCGUGCCUUGGACACACCGAGCGACGGUCCCUUCUGCCGGAUCUGCCAUGAGGGAGCAAAUGGGGAGUGCUUGCUGUCCCCAUGUGGCUGCACUGGCACGCUGGGCGCUGUGCACAAGAGCUGUCUGGAGAGGUGGCUUUCAUCAUCCAACACUAGCUACUGUGAGCUGUGCCACACGGAGUUUGCAGUGGAGAAACGGCCUCGACCCCUCACAGAGUGGCUGAAGGACCCUGGACCACGGACGGAGAAGCGAACGCUGUGCUGCGACAUGGUGUGCUUCCUGUUCAUCACGCCGCUGGCUGCCAUCUCAGGCUGGUUGUGCCUGCGUGGGGCCCAGGACCACCUCCGGCUCCACAGCCAGCUGGAGGCCGUGGGUCUCAUUGCCCUCACCAUUGCCCUCUUCACCAUCUAUGUCCUCUGGACGCUGAAACAGUUUUUCUGUGUUGCCAAAGCUGGUCUCGAACUCUUGAGCUCAAACCUUCGCCUCCCAAAGUGCUGGGAUUACAGGUCUCCUUCCGCUACCAUUGCCAGCUGUACUCUGAGUGGAGAAAGACGAACCAGAAAGUACGCCUGAAGAUCCAGGAGGCUGAGGGCCCUGAGGGCCCCCAGCAUUCUCCGCUGGUGGCUGGACUCUUGAAGAAGGUGGCCGAGGAGACACCAGUGUGAAGGCUGGGCUCCCCGGGCCUUGCAGCAGAGACCCCAGAGGUAGCUGGCAAUACCCUGUCCUGUGGAAGGAUGAAAACCGCCUGACACUUCCUGCACAGCCUGAAUGCUUCUUAAGCCAAGAGACACCACGUGGACAAGUCUGUGAUCCUGUGUGAUGAUAUUUUCAGGUUUUUUUUUUUUUUUUUUUGCACACUGUUGUUUGUGUCAAGGACAAGUACACAGUCCUGAGCUCUGGAUGGAGCAGGCACCCUCAUCUCAUGCUGAGGUCCACGUGGCACCUUCUGGGCCAGCAGCUGUGGCCAGUGUAUCAAGGGCACCCUUAGAGCUGGAACGUUCCAGCAAGCUUCUUGCACUUCCCUGCACCUGGCAGGCUCACUUUUCUGGCACCCUUGACUUUCUAAAAAAGUUGCACUGCGUUUCAAAAACCCACCCCUGAAUGAAUAAAAGGAGCCUUGGCUGGACAAAA